UGGCCGAGACGGGAGUCGGGACCCCGAGCUCGCACUGUUCGCCUUGUGCCCUGCGGAGAAGGCUUCACCGCGCGACGGCCGUGUUUGGCGGCGGCGGCAGCAUGUGAGCGUGCUCGCAUCGUUGGGACGGACGCCUGACUUUGAGCGUCGUUGCGUGCGCUUUCCGUCGCUCGCCUGUUGUACUCCGCCGGCGUCGUGUGGAUACCGGGCGGCGUGCCACUUUAGCCUGCUUCGACGUCGCGUGUUGUCCAUCCGAAUUGUGUGGUCGCUGGUGCGGCUACCGCCUCUCCACUGGCUCCGGUGCUGAUCCUGCCGGAGGCCCCUCACGAUGGAGUGUCGCUGCCCGUCACGUGGCCACCGAUGACGUGAGGCGACCGCGACCAAGCUGACGCGUGCGUAACGGGACAGCGAUGGCGUCGUCUCCGCGGCGAGCACGAUGGCCACUGCUGCGGCUUCUCUCUCUCUGCGUCUGCGCCGUGCUGCUGCCGGCCAGACCGAGCAGGGCCUUCGACUGGGGUUCUUGCAACCAAACGCUCGGCAUGACCAGCGGCGAAAUCAAGGACGAAGACAUCUCGGCCAGUUCCACUCACAAUGCCGCCAGUGUGGGGCCGCAGUUCGCCAGGCUUCUUCGAGAGCUGAACGGCGGCGCCUGGUGUCCGGCGCCGCAGAUCUCGCCGCAGACGCACGAGUACCUGGAGGUGAACCUCCGGACGGUGCACGUUCUCACCUCUCUGGCCACGCAGGGCCGCUUCGGCAACGGCCAAGGCCGCGAGUUCGCCGAGGAAUUCAUGGUGGAGUACUGGAGGCCCGGGCUGCACAAGUGGCUGCGCUACCGAAAUAGGACGCACCACGAGAUCUUCGAGGGCAACACCAACACGUACACGGAGGUGCGGCGCACCCUGGACCCGCCCGUGAUCGCCUCCAAGGUGCGCGUGGUGCCCUACAGCAGCAUCCUGCGCACCGUCUGCAUGCGCAUCGAGCUCUACGGAUGCCCCUGGACGCAGGGAAUCCUGUCCUAUUCAAUACCCCAAGGUGAGCGCCGCGGAACGGACGUCGACCUGUCCGACGCAACUUACGACGGCAUCAAAGACGACAGCUACUUGCACGGUGGUCUCGGACAGCUCACCGACGGCGUCGCAGGCAGCGAGAACUUCAAGCUCGAUGUUUCGGGAUACGGAAAAGGGUACGAGUGGGUCGGCUGGCGCAACGAUUCGCUCCACUCUCAGCCACUCGAGCUGGUAUUCGAGUUCGACGCGGUGCGAAACUUCUCGGCCGUGUUCCUGCAUUGUAACAACAUGCACACCCGCGACGUGCAGCCGUUUCGCGCGGCGCGCAUCUCCUUCAGCGUGGGUGGGAAGCACUACCUGGGCGAGCCGCAGCACUUCAACCUGAUGCCGGGUCUGUUCAACGAGAAGACGCGCAACGUCACCAUACGGUUGCACAACCACGUGGGUCGCUUCGUCAAACUGCAACUCGAGUUCGCCGCCAAGUGGCUGCUCCUCAGCGAGGUCUCCUUUACUUCCGUACCCGCCGUGGGCAACUUCAGCGAGGAGGAGGCCCCCGCGGCGCCCCCGAUCGUGAGCACAGCCAUGAGCGAGGAUCCCAUGUCCAAGCAGUACGUGGGACUGGUCAUCGGCGUGCUGGCCGCUGUCAUCCUGCUGCUCGUGCUCGUCAUAUUCGUCAUUGUGGCACGCAACAGACGCCGAAAGCACAGCACACCCCACGCCAUCCUCAAGCCGCUCGACAGCCGCGUCACCAUAAACAUGAAGGAUCUUGCGUUAGCCUAUUCCCCCCAGUACGUGGCACGGGAAGCUAAUGGGAAUCUUUAUGGCCAGGUUGCCCUUGAGGACCCAGACCCUGACAAGCUGCUGUACCACGAACCCCAAGAUUUUAAGCCCAUCUACCCAGGAACCUACAGUAACGAUUCGACAACGUCCCGAGAGUACGCGGUGCCUGACAUGAACAAGAGCCCCGUGCUGGGAGGCUCGCACAAGUCGUCACCAUUUCCCCAGACGAAGCCACCACCGCCCCCGCCGGCCGCUGAACAGUAUUACGCCGCUACCGACGUCGUCGUUAGCCUGCCCAACAUACAGGGUGUGAGCGGCAACACUGUUUACUCUGUUCCGACGCUGGACCUGUCAUCGGCUGAUGAGAAUUCUGGAGGCGCAACGCUACCGCCCGUGCGAGAAGUUCCCAGGCACAGAAUCCGCUUCAUUGAAAAACUCGGCGAGGGGCAGUUCGGAGAGGUGCACCUGUGCGAGGCCGAAGGCAUUCCCGAGCUCGUGGAUGUGCCGGUCAGUUUUGGUACCAAGACGCUGGUCGCGGUGAAGACGCUACGCAAGAACGCCACCGAACACGCGCGCGCCGACUUCUUGAAGGAGGUGAAGAUAUUGUCCAGGCUUCGCGACCCCAACAUCGUGCACGUGUUGGGCGUGUGCACAAGGGACGAGCCCCUCACCAUGGUGGUCGAGUACAUGGAAAACGGAGACCUGCACCAGUUCCUGCAGCACCACCUGCCCGACACGUUUGCGCCACCCAUUGCCAACAACGUGCUCAGCUACGGAAGCCUCAUCUACAUGGCGACGCAGAUUGCGUCAGGAAUGAAGUACUUGGAGUCACUCAACUUCGUACAUCGGGACCUGGCGACGCGCAACUGUCUGGUCGGCAACGCUUUCACUAUAAAGAUAGCCGAUUUCGGCAUGAGUCGGCAGCUGUACGCCUGUGACUACUACCGUAUUGAAGGCCGGGCCAUGCUGCCCAUCCGAUGGAUGGCCUGGGAAAGUGUACUCAUGGGCACCUUCACGACCAAGAGCGACGUUUGGGCAUUCGCCGUCACCCUGUGGGAGAUUCUGACAUUUGCACGUCAGCAGCCCUUCGCCUCCCUCAGUGAUGAGCAGGUCAUCGAGAACGUGAGCCACUUCUACCACAACGACGGCCUGCAGACGCACUUGCCGCAGCCGCCGAAUUGCCCACGAGAGAUCUACGACCUGAUGCGCGAGUGCUGGCAGCGCAACGACUCGGAGAGGCCAAACUUUAGGGAAAUCCACCUCUUCCUCCAGCGGAAGAAUCUCGGAUACACCCCAGAGUCGUGAGCGGCCGCCCGCUCACCUGGCCUCGCCUCGUCGCGCGCCGCUGGCAUCGUCACUGCGUGACAGCGCCAACGAGCCACUUGUACCCCAAGAAACCCUUCCUUUGUGGUCCAUCUGUCUCCGACACCCCGCCGCAGACAUCGCGUUUCUCGCGAGCAAGCGCCAUCUUCAACGUGAUUGUGUGACGUCGCAAAUGUGUACUUUCUCACGAGACGCCGCGCGCUGAGCACGCUGGCACGAAUCCAAGAACCGAAUUCGCAAAUCAGAUUUGGCACAGGAAACAUACGGCGCUAAGCAAGUUUCCGUAUUGUCAGAUCUCUUCGGGCAUUCGUCAGUCGUGAAUGGCGAGAGCUACCAUGCCGGUGGACUCCAUGGAUCGAGUUCUGCAAAGUCGAGUGUUCGCGGCGGCUCCCGAGGAAAGGUUUAGGCUUAGCAGUAUGAGUUCGCGAUAACUUACGUACUGCACACGGAUUUUUGAAAUGCCAGAAUACCUUGAUGCAUGCAAGGCAAGUGCGUUCUGCUGAACUUUGUGGUGUGGAUUCUCGAGGAACGAGGAAAAAAAAGAUAGCACCACUUCGCCAUCUUGCAAGUGAGCGCCGUGCCUGCACUGAGCCAUAGGCAACUCGGUGGCAGUCUGUUGACACGAAGCCCAGCCCCUCGUCGCUUCCCCAUUUGUGCCAUGAGACUUUUCCCCUGCCUCCCCCCCCUUGUCACUGUACUGGGCACGUGGACUGCUUACCUUCCUUUGUACAUACGACCAACCAAAGUAUAAUAAUGCCUACGUGAAGCACUCCAGAAGAGGACGCCAUGGCGUCAUAUAAAUACACUCUGCCCAGGCUGUAAUAUUUUAGUGGAUUUUUGAUGUGCACGUACUUAUAGACACACCAUGCUUUUGUGUUUAUUGGUAAACACUUUGUCAAGUGCAAACUAGUGUCACUGAAAACUAGUUCCUUUAUUCUGCAGUGGAAUUGUGUCAGUUGCCGUACACGUCUAGCUUGGAAUGCAUCUUGAUGGAACGCAUUGUCAAUGUUUGAUCGAGGCACGAUGCAUGUUAAAAAUGAAACUGUCUUUAUCCAGUAAUCUGCUUGUCUUGUUAUUCUCUUGUAUCUACGUCUGUGAAGAAACAUGGUAAAGGUUGAGCAACUCAUUGUCAUGCCAUUUGUUGGCCUGCUUUGGACAACUAUCGAGGUCACAUUUACAUUUUUUUUGUCCAUCUUCCAUGUGAUAACGUGCUCAACCCUUGUAUAGAUUUUCCUCGAAACCAUGGCAAUAUUUCAGACUUGGCUAAUCUGCCCUUAUUUAUAUACAUAAUUGUGAAAGUCUGGUGGUAUAUCCAGUGAGGACAAAUGACCUCAUGCUUGAAAAAACUGAGCAAUGCAGAACUGAGGAGGCUUCAAGUUUUAUGAAAAAAUAAAGUGUUGUAGGUUCACCGAUAUACAAUACCGUUUCUGACAAAGCUGUGUGCAAGAAAGCAAUACGAGUUUUAAUUAUCAUUUGUUGUAUUACUUUAACUUCCAAUUUAUUGAUGACACAAUGAUAAAUAUCACCACCAAAGGAGUCAUUUCUUGAUACUGGAAACAGUAAAGUCCGAAUCUUAAAGUGCAAAUUGCCAGUUUUUGUUGGGGCCUUCCUCCAUUUUUAUGAAAAUAAAAAUUGCAAAUGAAAUCGAAAUCUAGUACACCAUGUUUAGUGUGUUUCAGUAAUGUUUGCCCCUUUCACAACAAAAUUUGUGAUUAACGGCAUUUUAUUGAGCUUGACCCAAGUAAUAGGAAAUUAGUGCUGGUUCUCUUUACUGCUUUCUUGCCUCCAAUACUAUACUGUACAAAUGCACUUGUCGGUCGUUUGAAUUACAAAACAAUUGCAGGAAACAGAAAAGAAAAAAAAGCUAUGCCUCCAUGGGCUCUGUGUGCACUGGCCAGUCAUGAUCUUAUUGAGCACAAUAUUGCGCGGCUCGAAUUUUUUCUACUGCAGUGCACUCUGAAUCUUUCAGAUGUCGUCAUAGUGUUUCAAGCAGUGCUGUCAUGCUCCCUUGUAGAAUUCUGUGGUUAUUUCUUCGUGACAUCUUGAUAAAAUACUUGCAGAGCUUCAAAUUAUGGCAGGGACCACGUUAUCUCAGACACCAGAGCCCAGUCAAUUGCCCGAAGUUCCUACGGACACAGUGCACAAAAGUCGUCUCCAAAUUGUUUGUUUUCUUUUGUGUGUGUCUACUCUGUAUUCAUGCUGGUGCUCUUUACUGGGGCAGGAACAGUGAGCACAGUUCUCGGAGAAAGAAGUACCCUGUGAUAAGCUGUUGGGUUACCUUAUAUUUCAACCUCAACCAGAGAAUUCUGUAUGAAGGAGGCAAUCUUAGGCGCUGUCACAUUAUUUAAUCAUUUGUUGUAAUGACGUAUUCAUUAGUCUUAGUAAGGAUGCAGCUUUUUGUAGCUGCUACGGAUGUAGACAUGAUGGAUCUAACGACCCAAAUGUUGCGUCGUAUUGGCAAUCGCGAAGAGCAAGGAGAAUUACGGGGUUGUAAAAUUCUAGAAUGAACACCAAGAACUGACUUAGAUGGUCUAUCAGCAUGUUUAAUUUUUACAUUGGGGUUAGAACUGCAGCCUAUGUAGUUUCUCUGAGAAGUCUAUAUUUUUAUCAAUUAAGGAUUGCGUAAUUUAAGUCAAUGAGAAACACUGUAAAUGUCAUUACCCUUGUAAUGCCAUGGCCUUAAGUUCAUCCAUCAUUCCAAAAAUAUACUCUGGAAAAGGCGUAGUUUUCUUGGGCAGUUUCCUCAACAUUUGCAGCUUCCAGGCUAGAUUUAUUAGGCUUAUUAGACAUUGUGGAGCCAACAUCACAUGAAGCUAGGAUUGAUGUUCAUAGAAGAUUGGCUAUUGACUAUCAACACUUUUUUUUGUGCUAGGCAUUGUAAUUCAUUGUCGUGCUGGAACAUGUAGCUGGAGCAGUGGACUAAUCAUACGUGCACGGAGAUUACGUUAGCCAUAAAAUCAGCAGUAUUGAGUCACUAGAUAUUCAUCAAUGAAAGAAAGACGAAAUUACCUGAGCAAGCGGCGUUCGUGUGUUGGUACAGAGGAUUUCCUAUGUAGAGAGGCUUUUCUCUUGAAAUUAGAUACAGUGAUUAGAUCGUUGUAUCUAAUCUCCAGUUUGAAAUUAAUAAGCUUUGGCAACAUAUUUUACUACUAUGUGUCCUCUUCAUGAGCUUACCACUACAUGUCGUCAAAAGUCAGCACGUUCUACAUUCAGGGAGCGACCAAACACUCCUAAAAGAUCCAGCUACUUUUUUACUUGUUAAAUGUGUGAUGAUUACGUAGUUGCUGUACCGAGCCUUUUCAUUGCCCCCCAAAAAAAACCGUUCUUAGAAACAGCGCCAGGAGAAAUUCACCAAAUGAAAGCUUCUUUCUCUAAUUUUAACGCAGGUAUAACUAUUAGUUUUUCAUGCAUAGCGCAGACCACCAUGGCGCGUCAGUCUACAGGGAGUACGACAGCUACUGUCUUGUCACUAGGUAUUUUUUUCUGCUUUGUAUGACUUUGUGCCCGGGUAUUCCUUUUUUUCCCCUGUCGCCGCACAGAGCAAGAGGCGACGCCUGUUUCCAAGGCGCGUCCGCGAAAUGUGUUACCCACGUGUGUGUGCAUGUGUGUGCGUAUGCGCGUGCGCGUGUGAUGUGUACGUGAGUGCGAAGACGAAGGCACGGGACUGCCGACGCCCUGCUGUACUGCACCUUGGUUCCCCUGGUCACCGUUUGUGCACACUUCUCGUCGCAAGCUCUUAGGAAAAUAACGGACAAUCUACUGCCAAUAAAGCACACGGAUGAAAUAAAAGAGAAACCCUACAGCACAGA